AUUUAUGACUAUAUAGUACUGUUAUUUUCGUGCUAUAGGUACUCAAGUUGUAGAUUGGUUAAUGUCCUGGUCAUUUGUGACGGGCCGAAUGGAAGGAAUGCAAGUUGGUAGUAGCUUAUUAGAACAAGGUCAUUUGCAACCUGUUGGGUUGAGAAGUAGAAAUUCUAUGAAACAACGUGGCACAGACCGAGCAGGGACUGGAGAGAAGAAUGUAUUCUGUGAUGCUGAUAACGCCUUAUAUAGAUUUGUAAGUCUUAAUAAUGCAUGAUUAUUUAGUACAGUUUGAAAUUGUUAAAUGUAUUUUCAUGAUCAGUCUUGUUAUUCAAGACGCAAGGUAUAGAAAGGUUUAGUUGACUGGAGAUUGAUAAACUCCCAAAUAACAAUGGCUACCGACAAAGUCUUGUUUUAACCUAUCGUAAACUCUAACAUUGGUUAGAAAAAUUUACUGAUGUUAAAUGAUUUAAAAAACCCAAUAAAAGAUUUGUUUAUAUAAAAAGUCCUAGGAUUUUAGGAAAUGUAAUAUUAACUCUGUAUAACGUAAUGCUGUAUUAAUAUCUUCUUUAUAAUUCAAAUGGUCAAAGUUGGUACCAAUUCUGUUUUAGUCGGCGUUACGUCUUGCCAAUAGUGAGUCAUUUGAAGCAGAAUUAUCAGAUGAUUCCAGUGACAGCGAGGAUUCGGAUAAAGAGCAGCAGGUAUACAGAGAUACUCGUAUUGUAGAAACUAUAGUUAAUGUUUGAUAUAGAAGUCUCUGUUCUAAGUCGUUUAUUGGUUCAUGGUUGUGUAAUAUAUUAUCGUACACACCGCUGUACUGUAAGGAGUAAUAUUGUGAUUUGAAACAUCGAAAGGUCUGUUGAAAAGGAAUACCCGCGUUUUUUAAAAACUGUAAAAUGACGGCGAAUGUAUGAUGCAACUUUCAAACAAUCCACUGUUUAUUUAUAUUUAUUUAUAAAGUGAAAUUUAACGCGAAUGUUUAUAGACAUUUAUUACCUUGGUAUCAGGACAACGAUACGGUACUGAGCACGAGAAGCCCAGGCUCUGUUUAUGCCAGCAUAUAGGAUUAUCCGCCCGAGUAUUUGCCUGCUCCCGCCUUGGUUAAUGUUAUGGCGGGUUUGACAAGUUUUAACUGAAAAAAGAUCUCGGACUUACCAUCUAGAAAACGUUACAAAACCAUGCAUCCUAAUUUAUUUUCGAUCACCUCAGACUUUCACAUAUGAACUUAAUGGGCCUGAACAACAUUUGAUUAUUUCCGUUCCAGACUAAAAGUAUUGAAGGAAUUGUGGUAAAACAAGGCUUUCUUGUGAAGAAGGUAUAUUUUGCAUUAUUCUAUAUUGAGAAAUAUGUUCUUGUUAUGACUUUCGCCAUAUUAAAUUGUAUAUUUGUAUAUGUUUGUCAUAUAGGGUCACGUGCGUCAUAAUUGGAAAACAAGGAAGUUUGUUCUUUGUGAGCAGCCUGCUAAACUAUAUUACUGUAAACCUGCAAAGGUAUGUAAUAUCGUGUAUUACCAAUGUUAUAAUAAUGAAUAGGAUUGUUGAAAGUACUUUGCCAGUAUUUCCCUAGUACCCUGUAUAAGUCGGACUUUUGGCAACCAAAAGUCUGCAUGCAGGUGUUUCUAAAUAAUAAAAUCAUGUAAAGCUGUAAAUUUGCGGUUCAUGGAUAAUAUCUUCAAGAAGAUUCCAUUUGUUCUUAAAGGAAUACCGAAUGGUUUUCCGUGCAGGAUUGCGUGAUCCAUGCACGAGGGAUGUCGCGAGACUUUCGGAAAGCAUAAGAAUACUCGAGCCGCAGGCGAGUGUAUUUUUACGCUUUCCGAAAGUAGAGCAACAUCCCAAGUGUAUGGAUCAUGCUAUCCUGCUUGGAAAACCAUUUGGCAAUUGUUUUAUAAAAUAACUACAGUGAAACAAUGAUAUUUUGAGAAUCCCGCGAAAAUCCCACUAAGGCAUUUUAAUUCCUCGUGCAGGAUAGCCUGAUCCUGCACGGCUAUUGACCAAUCAAAUUGCGUGUUUCACUGCAGUUAUUAUAUAAAGGGUUUUCCCAGUCUGUCUUCACAUGCAUUGAUUUUCCCUAAAGUUUAUUGUACACUUGCCGGUAGCAAGACCUCAGUCAGUCAAAUUCACUAACAUUGCUAGUUAUCAAAGUAUCACACCUUUGGUAUAUUACAAAUGAGUUGACUGACUUUUAUAACACCCAUAUUACCGUGAUAGUGCUCAGUAAUGGAGUGAUCGAAUCUUGUUUCUUGAAUCCACUAAUUCGAAAGUAACUCAAACAUCAUGAUUAUUCUUCAUAUCGUGCUCAAAAAUUGAUCAUUACGAAACUGAUUUUAUUUUUAGCCGGAUUGUCCAAUAGGAUGCAUUGAGUUGAAUGGAGCAAUAAUUGAGAAAAUCACAGGAGAAUCCGCUAAUGGUAUGUACAGCAGUCUAUUGUGAAAUGUUAGUGGAACAAUGUAGCAGUCUUUAAUGCAAUCAUACUCUAGUUGAGGAUGGGUGCGUAGUGACGAACAUGUUCAAACAUUACAACUCUUACGUAAGUUAUUAUACAUGCAUGGUGUAAUCUUUUCUCCAUGAUAUUAAGUUCUAAUAUAGUUCUCUCAGUUCCGAACUGUUCCUCUUACAUGUAUAUGGGUCAUCUCCCAUAGCCAUAGGAGAUUUCGUGCUCCCGACGAAACCAGAGUAUAUUUAGAAUUUGAAAACGAAGAAAACUAUGGCAACAGUGACGUUUGUCCAAUUUAGGGUAAAAAAUUUAGUAUAUAUUAAUAUUUCUAUAUAAUAUGCAAACUUCUUCACAAGACGAACUAUACUGUUCAUAGAUUUACCAAGAUUAAUAAACUUCACAUUAUUUAUAGGUGAGAAGAAAACCAAACAGUUUUACGGUUAUCGAUUUAAAAUACGAGCAUGGAAGGGGUCAGAAUAUGUCUUACAAGCUAGUAGUAAGGAGGAAUUAGAGGAAUGGAUAUCAAAACUAAGCAGUGUUUGUAAAGUUUGAUACUGUAAUAUCACUUGGUGUGCACUUGGGGGAAGGUUUAUCGUAGACAGAAUAUUACGAAACGCCCAAAACCGGUCACGACAUCUGCCAAGCAGAUCAGUUGAAAACAAUACACUCCACCCAGUCAUGUUUUCGUGAUCUGCCCAAAGAAUAGAUUAUGUGUAUGAAAAUUAUUGCCUGGACAGGAUUGGACCUUACAGCCUCGGUUACUAUAGCCUACUUGCAAGGCAACUCGGUGGAAAAGGAAGAAAUUACGCAAUAAUUAUCAAAGCAUUGGUCCCAGAAAAUAUUUUUAGUUCCCAGAAAAUAUUUCUCCAAGAAAGAAAAAUUGUAAUAAUUUAGAUAAAAGGAGAAAUUCAGAGGAAAAUUUCACACCAUGACCUCCGAAAUGCAAAUAUAAGUGCAGCCAUCUUUAAUAAUAGUGCGAUAGUGUAUAAAUGUAUAGACUAUAGAAUGAUGUAACAGAUGUUGUAUGGCAAAUGCAUUUUCAGCCGAUCUAGGACACCUGAUUUUCAAAAUUUUCUGGGGAGCAUGGAUCUCCCUGAUAGUGUGCCCCCUAGUAGUGUCCUAGCCUUUUUGCCAUCUGUAUUUAUCCUUAGGAUCAACCUUGAUGCAUGCAUGUUAUCUAAAUUAGUUUUAUGUUAUAUAACUUAUAUUAUAAUAUAGCAUUUGUAAAUUCUGAACGCUGAGUGGCUAAGAGCCGUGUUGAUAUAACUCAAUGUCAUCACGGAAACGUCGGAAAAUUUCUUUCUUUAUGUUUCUUUGUGCUAUAUUAUAAAACAAAUAUAAAACAUUUUUUCCGUAUUGAUAUAUAGUUAUAUCAACACUCGUGGAAAUUGGGAAAACUCAAAAUUGUGUGAAAACUCGAAAUUGUGUUUCCACACAAUUUCUCGUUUUCCCAAUUUCCACUCGUGUUGACAUAACUGUAUAUCAACACGGAAAAUGUUGUAUAUUUGUUAAUUUUAAGAUUCUCAGUGACAUAUUUUUUCCUGUAAAAUAUAGCAUGACAUCCAGUUUGACAACUUGUUAGUGUCACACAGUUACAGUGUCUGAGUGUCGAUUUACUUGAUUAUUUACAGAAAAUUUUCAAUGUUCUCUUGCGGUCCCAAAAAGUAAAAUAUUUUUUCCACCCCUGGCACGUUAAGGGUGACAGUACUUAUGAAAACUUUGGUGUGUUGCACCAAUUAUCCCUCACAAUCCUCUGCUUCCACCCUCUUGCUGCAUAAAAUUGUUCUGUCGUUUGUCACCGAGUUGACUGCAGAGGAGGCUACAAGAUAGCUGGUAGUGUAAGUGCAUGGUAACACAUCGCUCACCGGAGAACGAACAAGCGCCUGGUUGAGGGAUGUGCAUUCUCCUAGCCGGCGAUCAGCCCCUGGCUUCAAAAUAGGCUGGUAAAUACUAGUCGAAAUAUAGUUUUAAAAACGAUUAGUAAUUAUUAGCAAUGCAAAAUAAUAUAUUUGAUAAAUAUAAUUAAAUGUAAAUAGUUUAACUAGUGACAAAAAUUAAUUUUGUAAAAAAACAGUACAAAUAUAUUCUAUUAAAAUAUAAUUUUGAAAUACUUUAUAACUUUUUACGAAACACAUUUAACCUUUUCUAUUAAUAUUCAUGAAAUGAGAAAAAAUAUCUGAGUGUAGACGUUUUAAAAACUACAUCUACAUGAUGAAAUAUACCAUCCUCGUCCCAAGGGCCGCCCGAGCUUGGGCCUGGGGACGAGGAUGGAAGUAUACAUGAUUCUCCAAAUUCAUCACCGUUUUGCCCUAGUCCCCCCCCCCC